CGUACGAGGUGAACGUGUGGGAUUCGCCAUCGGAUGAUCUGGUGGUGGUCAGCGUUAGAGUUGACCCGUCAUCUUAAUGAUAUUGGCUUUUCGACGUGACUCGAUCGGAUAUCGCCUUAAUCUAAUGUAAAAUAGCCGCUUGGCAAGGCGGAUGUUGCUCUCAAAAGCAGGUGAUGACUACACGGUUUGCCGUCAUGUCGAAAUCGUUCCGUUAGAAUUAGCUAGUGUAGCGAGCUAGCAAAGCUAAUCGCAGUGAGCCAGCGUGACUAAUCGGCCUGUUGAAAUAAGAGCAAUUACAAAUGGAGAAUUGGCAGGACGUGACCUCCCAGCAGUUCAAGCUGCUCACCGGUCGUCUGAAUGAGCUGUUGUCCGGUGGUCUGGAGCUGCUGCGCUCCGAGCUCGGCGUGGAUUUGGGUCUGGAGCCAGAUCUCAUUCCGCCAUGGGUCGUCCUGUUAGCGGCGUGCAUCGGGCUGGCGCUAAUGGUCGCUCUGUGGGCCUCAACCUGCCGGACCCUCUUCAAGAAACGACCCGCCAAAGCUCCUGGCGAUGACUUCACUGAAAUCAAACCGGCCGGCAGCAAGUCUGUGAUCAAGCCUGACGAACAAAAGAAAAAGAAGAAGAAGGCAGACAAGAAAGCCCUGGCAGCCCAGCCCAAUGGGAGAGCUGUAGCUGAACCACAGGAAGAAGCCAUAGUGAAAGAAGAAAUAGUGCCACAUCACCAGCCACCUCCACCAGAAGGCAAGGCUGAAAAGGUUUCCGAGGUGAAGAAGUCCAAGAAGAAGGCCAAACAGGGAACCAAGGAGACGAAAAUACUGACCACAGAUGGCAAAGAACCCGAAGAAGGCACGUGGGAGACAAAGGUCAGCAACAAGGAGAAGCGUGAGCAACGCAAGAAGGACAAGACUUCCAGUGAUGGCUCAGCCAGCCCUGGAGGGGACAAUACCAAAAACACUCCCCCAGAACAACCGAAAGUUGGAGCAGCUGCUGCGCCUGUUGGCCAAAAAAAGAAAAAAGGGGAGUCCUCCAAAGCUAAAGCGGAGAAAAAUGAGGUUGCUGUUGUAUCUCAAGCCAACAAUAUCGAAGUGGCAGUGGUGGUGCCUGGUGACCUGACUGGCAUGGCUGUCAAGGCUCCAUCCCAUUCAGUUGUUAAGGACCGAAGUCACUGGUCAGCCAAUCCGGAACCAGCCUCACUUUGGGGAACAGAGAUUGAUGGUUCAUGGACUGUGAUUGAAAGUGGAAUGAAGACAUCAGAUCUAAACAUGGUGACUUUCAGUGGGCUGGGAGUUGGUGCCUCUGAAUCCAAGCCUAUUUCUGAUCUGCCCUGGCUUAGUCAGACAAGAGUGGAUGAUGAGUGGUCUGGACUGAGCGGCGGUGCAGUGGACCCCAGCUCUGACUGGAAUGCCCCCUCUGAGGCCUGGGGCAACUAUGAAGAACCUACCCCUGAGCCCCCUGCUCCUCGGGAGGAGUCCCUCCCUGAGCCUGCUAAAACUAAUUUGUUAAUCAAAACAGCUGAUGAAGAUGAAGAAGAGAAGGACAAGAUGGAAACUGCUGCUGAUGGAGCAACUAAAACUAAAAAGAAGAGGAAGAAGAAGAAAAAGACCGCUGAGGAGGGAGGGAUUCCUGGCCAGGAUGGCUAUGAGCCAGAGAAGGUGGCAGUGGUACCCGAGCCCCAAAUGAAGAAGCAGCAGCAGCCUGUACAGGAGAGUCCUCCUGCCGCCAAACCUAUCAAAGCAGCUGCUGUUGAGGCAAGAGUAGAGCGAUCAGUGAAGGAUAAUGCCUCCCCAAAACUCCCUGUCACACAAGUGCCACAGAAGCCAGCUGACGGAGAGCCCGCUGCCAAGCAGAACAACCUCCCUGCUCCAAUACAACAAAAAAAAUCAGAGGAAAGUCAAGCCCCCAAGCCAGCGAAGAAGAAGAAGGCAAGGAGAGAGACAUGAGACAUGAGUCCAUUGUGAAGACCUCUGUAUGCAAAAGACUCCAUAUCUUGUUUAUGCAACAACAUGUCUUGCGAACAGAACUUUGAACUAAUCUGUGUGAUGGACUCGUCCUAAAACUGGUAUGGAAAAUCAAGACUUUUGAACCUUUAUGCAUAUCAAGGUUCAGUUGGUGGAUCAUGUGAAACUGAACAUAGAUGCAGUGCAAGAUAACAUAAUGCUGUUUUAAAAUAUGUUGGGAAUUACACAUUUGAUACUUAUAUUCUGUCUUCUAACUCCACUGAAUCAGAUUAUUGAAGGAGCUGUACUGUAAUUAUUAGAAAUGUAGAAAAUAUGGAUCAUGUUUUAGAAAUUUGAUGUCAUGUUGGCUAAUGGCUAUGAGAGAUACUGUGUAAAAAAAAAAAGAAGAAAUGGUCCAUAACACGCAUCAGGUCAUGCAAGACUCAUCCAAAAUGUUGUUCCGGCCUUAGCUUUGUAGUCUUAAAAUCUGCUCCCUCAUAUUCACAGGCCAUGCGGUUACACUGACCACUGUUGAAAAAGCUGAUGUCCUGCAAGAAUACUUUCAGUGGAUCAAAUGUUUUUUUUUUCUUUGUUUUUACAUUACUUGGAAUCCAAGAAUGAGUUCGAUUUAACAGGGUGCAACCGUAACAAAGUUAAUGAGAAAUGGAAAUGUAUGGGAUAAUUCAAGGUGGGCAUUUUUGUGUGCAGAAAAAAAAAGAAUCAUGUUCUGGGUAUUUGAAUUCUAUCAUUAAUAGCUAUGAACAUUUCACUUGACUGAAUCCAUCCGGUAUGGCCCUUAUCCAAUGUUGUGCUGCUGUACGUAUAAAGGGUUGUUUCCUUGCUGUUAAUUUUUACAGUGUGACUACAUUGUGGCCGAGCCAUCUAGUAGGUGCUUUUGAUCCUAGAUGUACUAUUGCAGAGUCAUCAUCUUAUUCAUAAUUGUCCAUCUGUGGUUGAUCCAAAAGUCUUCAAAUCUUUUGUAAAAUCUCUUUGUAAUAAAAGAGCAAAGCCAUAUGUAAAAAAAAAAAGACCAAAUAAAGGCCCAUUUUUCUAUA